GCUCCAACAUGAAGCGAAGCGUCGUAUGCAGCCCGACGUUGCGAAGCUGAUGGAGAAGGACCCGCGCUUACGAACUGCCGCAGCCAAGGCCUUGACGGACAAGCCGGCUUCGAAGGAAGCCAAGGCAAAGAUGCCCACGAAGGCAAGAAGCAAGCGCCAGCUCAUGGAAGAGGAGGCUUUCGAGCAGCAAAAGGAGCAACGCACGGCUUCGUAG